AUGACAGCCUUGGGGGGGGUCCUGGAUCUACGGGAGCAUUGGACAAUCAUCAACGGCAUGCAGUUCAACAAAGGUAAACGCCAGCUUCUACAUCUGGCUCGGAGAGACGCCGGCCAGCUUGGCAGCUGGGCAGCUGGAGAGCCGCUCAGAAACAGCACUCGCCGUCCACAGCGGCACUUCCCGCUCCCACGGCGCCGCUCCUCGCGCCGCCUGCCUCCCUUCAGCGCUCCGUUCCGGGUUUGCCUCCCGCUCGCGAAAUCCGCAGCGCGAGGAGCUGGCGCCGCUUACGGCACAACACGCUGCGAUGCAAGAGCACGCCUGAAAGCACCGACGCCGCAACCCGAUAAGGCAACCCGUACAAAGCGGCGCGUGACGGCGCGGAGGCGUGUCCAGGGGGCGGGCGGGGCCUCCCGGGGCACGGAGCUGCGCUCGGCGUCCUGCGCCCCGCCCCCGAGGAGCGCCGCGCGCUGCGGAAGGGCGCGCGGAGGCGGAAGGUGGCGAGGCGGGGCGCCGCCGCAGGAAACCUCCGAGCGGUGCCGGUGUUCGGCGGCCAUGGUGCGGCUUUACGACUUGCACCCGUUCGGGUCGCAGAGAGUAGUGCCCUGCAAGCAGGAGCCGGCGCAGUUCUGCCGCGGCCGCGACGUGCUGUUCGUGGCCAGCGCGGCGGCCAGCUGCGGGGUGGAGGUGUUCGCCGUACGCCGCGAGGGCCGCUGCGAGCCCUUGGGCUCCUUCGCCACCCUGGGCCCCGUGCUGCGCAUGGCGCACAGCCGUGCAGGAGACUAUUUGGUGACGAUUGAAGAGAAAAGCAAAGCAACUUUCCUAAGAGCUUAUGUGAACUGGCGAUGCAUGUCUGCAGGCAGUUCUCGUGUUUGUGUCCGGAUGGUGGGUCACAAGAUGGAGGAGUCGUACACCGAAACCUUAAAAGAGCAGAUGUCGAUAGUGGAAAUGGCACUUUCAGAUCCUCCGCUGUGUAUUUCAUGUUGUCCUGUACAUGGAGAUCUUCUUGUGGGCUGCAGGAAUAAGCUAGUCAUGUUCUGUUUAAAAUACCUGGUCAUAAACCAGAAUUUGACAGUAUUAGACUUUGAACGCUCCUUGAUUUUACACACUGAUAACUUCAUUCCUGCCGAAGUUGCGUUUUGCGCUAGGCACAUAGCGAUAACAACAGAGUUGGAUGUUCUAAUCCUGAAACUGGACCUGGUCCAGCAUAGAGCAGACAGAGGAGAGCAAUGCGCAUAUCAAGUUAGUACAACAGAAAAGCUGGUGGAUGGAGGUAAGUACAGAUAUUGAACUUUUUCAGACUGAGAAUCUGCUGAUUACUGUCAUUCAUAAAGAAGGCUCAAACGUGAUGUCAUUCCAUACUGCCUGCUUGCAAUGUGUGGGAAUUAACCUGACUAGCUCCCACCCAAAAAUCAGAUCAACAGCAGUGUAUGGGAACUGCUGAGUCUCGGCCUGAACCUCUGAUUAAUCACCUGAGGUGAGCCAUGAGUCAGCCAGAGGAGCACAGGUGAAGGCAAUUCACCCCUCCUGGACCUAUUUAAGAGCUGGCUACCAGAGGGGAAGGAUCUCUUCUGGAGAUCCCCUCUUUUGGUGUCUUCUGGUGAGCUCAACCCAAGGGUAAGCUCUUCCACUUAUUCUCUUUUUGUGAUCCUUGUCUGCUUUGCCUUACUCUCUUGAUUAUAUUGCGAUUAUAACAUCCUGAUAUCUAUUGAUUAUACUCAAUUAUAUUGUGAUUAUAACAUCUUGGUUAUCCAAGCAGAAAGCUGUUAGAAAAUCUUUCAUUUAUAAUUCAAGAAAUUUUAAAAGGUUUGUGCUUCUUGAAAUGGAAACUACACCUUAAAAAAAAAAAAAAAAGAGGUCAAUAAAAUUUCAGAUGGGAAAGAUAUCAAAUGGAGUUUUCUUCAUUGGUGGACAAUGGAUUUUAGCACAGACAACUCACACUGGGUUGUUUUCAAUACUUAAAGCCAAAUAGAAAAGUUCAAAACAUUUUUGGGUGCAAUUAGGAUUUGUUUUCUGGAACUUA